AUGAAGUUGAACAUCGCUUACCCAGCCAACGGUACCCAGAAGAGUAUCGACAUUGACGAUGAGCACAAACUGAGAGCCUUCUACGAGAAGAGAAUGGGCCAGGAGGUCGAGGGAGACGCCGUGAGCGAUGAGUUCAAGGGUUACGUUUUCAAGAUCACUGGUGGUAACGACAAGCAAGGUUUCCCAAUGAAGCAGGGUGUCAUGAUCCCAAACAGAGUCAAGCUGCUUUUGACCAAGGGUGUCUCCUGUUACAGACCAAGAAGAUCCGGAGAGAGAAAGAGAAAGUCUGUCAGAGGUUGCAUUGUUGGUAGCGACCUUGCUGUCUUGUCCCUUGUUGUUGUCAAGCAGGGUGAGCAGGAGAUCGAGGGUCUGACUGACACUCAGGUCCCAAAGAGAUUGGGUCCUAAGAGAGCCAACCACAUCAGAAAGUUCUACGGUUUGACCAAGGAGGACGACGUUAGACAAUUUGUUAUUAGAAGAGAGGUUGUUAAGGGCGACAAGAAGUACACCAAGGCUCCAAAGAUUCAGAGACUGAUCACUCCUCAGAGACUCCAAAGAAAGAGAGCUGUCAAGGCUGCGAAGGUUAAGAACGCCCAGGCCCAAAGAGAUGCUGCUGCUGAGUACGCCCAACUGCUUGCCCAGCGUCUGCACGAGCGUAAGGCUGAGAAGGCUGAGAUCAAAAAGAGAAGAGCUUCUUCGUUGAAGGCUUAG